AUGCUCUCUGCUACUCUAGGUCUACUGGCGCUCGGUAUACGAUGCGCUCGAGCAGCGUCAAAUGUCAUUGACCUCUCAGGAGACGGAUGGACACUGACAUCUCCUGGGAAUGACUCCAUCCACGUCCCUGCCACCGUCCCUUCUCAGAACUAUAUGCCCCUUCAAGCAGCGGGCAUCGUUCUUGACCCAACGUAUGGCUAUCAAGAGAAUGAACAAGCUUGGGUGAGGUACUCAAAUUGGACUUAUACUUCGCCAGCGAUCACGGGAUUGAACAUGAGCUCUGGUAUCAAAACGCAACUGGUCUUCGAGGGUCUCGACACGUAUACUACCAUCACGUUCUGCGAUCAGUUCAUCGGUACCACCGCCAACCAAUAUCGACAGUUCAUCUUUGACGUGUCGAGCGUGGUGCAAGGGUGCUCGGCAAACGACACACGACUCUCGAUCAACUUUGGACCCGCUCAGAACAUUACCCAUGAAAUAAGCGACAGUUCGAAAUUCCCGUCUGCAGGCGAUGCCAACUUUGCGGAUGGAUGUAAUGAUCUUCCUGGAAACGAAUUUGCCUGCAAAGCAUGGGCGAGGAAAGAGCAGAGCGAUUUCGGAUGGGACUGGAGUCCUCACCUCAUUCCUGCGGGACCUUGGCGCAAUAUCUCAAUCGUCCAGCUCGAUCAAGAUGCAAUGUACAUUAAUAACGCUGCCAUCGACAUCUUCCGCCAAGGCCAGAUGAACAAUCUCCCGCCUGAUCAAUCUCAACCUUGGAUCUUCAAUGCUUCCCUCGAUGUAGUCGGUCCACUAGCUCAAGGUAGCGGUCUACAGCUUGACCUCUCUGAUGCCAGUGGUAAUACAAUCUUCUCCGGAGCUUUGGGCAAUAUCACGUCCAACAACAUGACCAUCACUGGGCACACUGCCAUCGAUGAUUCCAAAGUGGACCUUUGGUGGCCUAACGGAAUGGGAACUCAGACACUCUACACUGCCAAGGUCACCAUCACCUCUCCGUCCGACAGUAACAGCAGCGAUGAUGAUGCAUCAUCUGGAAAUCCUGGCGUCCAUGCUUCCGUCACCAAGCAGGUAGGAUUCAGAACCAUCAUCCUCAAUCUUCAACCGAUCUCAGACCAAGAUAUUGCAUUGGGUAUCCGACCAGGUUCCAAUUGGCAUUUUGAAAUUAACGGUGAGACGUUCUACGCCAAAGGAGCCAAUCUCGUUCCGAUCGACGUGCUUUGGGCCAGAGUCAACAGUUCAACCGUCCAACACUUGUUCGAGAUCGCUCAGGAUGCUCACUUCAAUAUGUUCCGAGUCUGGUCGUCUGGAGCUUAUCUCGACGACUCGAUCUACGAUCUGGCCGAUCAGAUGGGUAUUCUUCUGUGGUCAGAAUUCGAAUUCACCGACGCAGAGUAUCCUGCCUCGCCAGAAUGGGAGGCGGUAUACGAAGCUGAGGCUUAUUACAAUGUCCGUCGUAUCAAUCACCAUCCGAGUUUAGCGCUCUGGGCAGGAGGCAACGAGUUGGAAUCGAUCCAGCUUGCAUACUUCUUCAAUGCCACGAACCCAGGUAGCAUCACGCUAGACUAUCAGGAGACAUUCGAGCGUAAUUUGAUCAAAUGCGUCUAUGCCAACACUAGGUCUAUCAGCUAUAUCCCAUCCUCGACGUACAAUGGGUAUCUGUCCCUCAACUUUUCUUCGGACAGACCUCAAUUGCCCAGAUAUAAGAACUCAAGUGGCCCAGAAUACCUGUAUUCGGACACUGAUUUCUAUGGAGACGGACUCCAAGCAUUCAAUCUUUCUUAUCUCCCAGUUGGAAGAUUUGCCGAUGAGUUUGGCUUCAUCUCCAUGCCGGGCAUCGAAUCAUGGGACAAUACCGGGCCGAACAUCACGUCUUUUGAUGACCCAAUCGUCGUCUACCACAACAGACACAGUGGCGCAGCCUUUGGUCAAACUGCCACACCCGAAGAACAAAGCAUCCUUGGGAUCGCACAGAUGACGAGUGCAGUGGACGCCUUCUAUCCCGCCCCAGAGAUCUCCGAUGCCAGAGCGAACUUCAGCGCCUGGAUAUGGAGCUCGGAGGUCUUCCAAGCCGACUAUUAUGUCACUGAGAUCGCGUUCUACCGAAGAGGAUCAGGAGGACCAGAGAGACAACUGGGAAGUCUCUACUGGCAAUUCAACGACGUCUGGGUGGCUCCGACCUGGUCAAGUGUGGCGUCGAAUCUCAAAGCAAAGGUUAUGCAAUAUGCCGUCAAGGACAUCUACAAACCAGUCAUCGUGCGACCUUAUUAUAACGUGGACGAUGACACGCUAGAAGUUUGGGUCACAUCGGAUCAAUUCACCGCUGUCGAGGGUGUUGUGACGUACGAAUGGUUCACGUGGGCUGGAGAUGCCGUCAACAUCAGCCUGAACCAGGCAGGCUCCAAUAUGUCCGCUGGUACCGCCACGUCUACAUCUUCUAGCACAUCAGUGACUGUGACUCCAUCUACUAGCAGCAUAGGAGGCGGAUCUGUGGCAUCGAGUUCUUCUGCCAGUGGAAUGGUUAGUGCGUCUCUUCAGCGCCGAGCGAACGUGUCCGGCACUUCCGUUGCAGCGGGAUCCACCUCAGUGGUUUCGAGUGCGAGCAUCGCCGUCACCUCUGCCUUGGUUUGCGCCACAGGCAAUUCCUCUGGUAUUACUCCUGGCUCGAUGACUGCGACCAUCUCGGCUUCUGCAUCUGGAUCCCCUAUCUCCAACUCCACAUCCAGUACCAACGGUACAGUCUCCACCGUCAACGUCCGCGUGGAGCCUGUAAACUCAACUAUGGUACUCAAUUGGAGCGAUGUCGUCAAAACUCUCAAAACCCAAGCCAACGUUUCAGAUGCGAUCAUGCGUCUGUCCGUCGAUGCCGGUAACGGCAUGACGCAUACAUCUUGGUAUCACCCAGCUUAUCUCGUCAAUUCUGCGCUUCAGGACCCAGGAUUGACAUUGACUCAAGGCUCUGACGGAUCCUUCACAGUGACCGCCACCAAAGCCAUCGCUGCAUGGGUCACGUUGGAUUACUCGGCCCAUCAAGUGCAAGGUUUUUGGUCCGAAAAUGCGUUUUGGUUGCAGAAGGGAGAAAGCAAGACUAUCCAGCUCAAUGUCUGGAACGACUGGACGGGAGAUGGAAGUUGGAAAAAUGGAAUCACUGUGAGAAGCAUGUGGGACAAUGUGGUCAAUCAGGAAUAUGCGGCGACCUUGUCGUCGUAG